ACUGUCACACUCGUCCGCGGUCGAGCAAACGUGUUUUCUCCGCUGCUUCCUAUCCUGCAGAUCCCGCCGCCCGGGCGCGGAGCACGCGGGGGAUUCCCGAGGAUUACCCGGCGUGCCCCGCGGGGAAAGAUGGCGGUAGAGCAGCGUAGGCGAACGUGAACUUUACCUCAGAAAAAGUAGCGGCCGAGUGCCGGAUAACUGUCUGUAGAAGGGUCGCUGGAACUCGAAAAGAGCUUCUGGGUGGUUAAGCAGUGUACUGGGAACAUAAACCGAGAGCGUCCAGGCUGAGCGAGUGGGACAGGCGCUAGCCGUAGCAGCCGCGGCGUCGGCCGAAGAAAAAGAAGGGAGAGAGGACCGGAUAAACUUUAUUGACUUGGACCGGGAGCCCAAACAAGAUUACACACGUCCGUCAGCAGUGACGGGCUGCGGAAAUGGAUGCUCUGCAGCUGUGAGGUCACAUGUCUGCUGGCAACAGGGGUGCAAGAGCAAGGCCUGAUUGAAUUCCCUUCCGGGAGACACGCUGGACCUCGUGCUUCAGGACCACGUGACAUGCAUGCCUGAGGUGUGCUCCACCCCUCCCCACACCACCCCUCCUCAGGCCUCCUGUCUGCCCACCGUAGAUAUACUACUGUGAUAUAUGAUGAAGUAUCUUUCCAGGACGCCUGCUGGAACAUUGUGGGUGAAGACAGCUGCUGGAUCUUCUGAGCCUUUUCAGCAGGAAUAACAACCUGAGGACGGACGUGCCAGGAUGACAAGUGCUGCCCCAGCUAGGAAGCCGUACCGCAAGGCCCCCCCACAGCACCGUGAGGUCCGCCACAGCACGCCCGCCUUUUGUGAGGACCUGAGUGGCACCCUGCCUGGCCCCGCCACCACCCCACCAGAGUCCUGCCAGGGCUCCCCGUCGGAUGGCGACCGGAUCAAGUCCCUGCAGCAGCAGAAUGAAGAGCUACGCAGGCGCCUCAGCCAUACCACUCACAAGAUGGAGGCCAUGGAGGCGGAGUUCGAGGCCAGUCGGCACUACAUGCAGGCUGAGAUGGGCCGCGCCAAGGACGACCUGGACAAGAUGCGGGACAAGUUUCGCCGACUUCAGAACAGUUACACUGCUUCCCAGAGGACCAACCAGGACCUGGAGGAGAAGCUGCAUGCGCUGGCCUCCAUCAGUCAGACCUGGGUCCACGCACUUCGCAAGGUAGAGCAAGACAAGAAAAUGAUGGACCAGGAGAUCGUGGAGCUGACCAACAAACUCCUGGAUGCAAAGAACACUAUUGACAAGAUAGAGGAGUUGAAUGAACGCUACCGGCAAGACUGUAACUUGGCGGUCCAGCUGCUGAAGUGCAACAAGUCCCACUUCAGGAACCACAAGUUUGCAGAUCUGCCAGCUGAGCUGCAGGACAUGGUGAAUAAGCACAUGAAGAGUAGCCUGCCUCAGCGGGGGGGCCAGGCCCCGGACGCCGACUCGCUGAGCCUGACGCCCGCAGACGUGGUGCCCACAUCUGUCAUUGCCCGCGUGCUGGAGAAGCCCGAACCACUGGUGCUGAACUCUGCCCAGUCUGGCAGCAGUACGGGCCGGCCUGUGGCGGAGGACGUGUUCGUGCAUGUGGAUAUGACGGGCCCCCAAAUGGAGGGGCCCCCGGGCCCCCAAAUGGAGGGGCCCCCGGGCCCCCAAAUGGAGGGGCCCCCGGGCCCUGGACGCUCCCUGGAGCAGCAGCCUCAGCAGCAGAAUGGAACAUGCCGCAGCCAUGCCAGCCUGGAUGGGGAGGACGGGGGGGGUGGUGGGGCGGUGGCCCCCUCGUUCGAGAAGCUGAACCCAUACCCCACCCCCCCGCCACCCCACCCCCUCUAUCCAGGCCGCAAGGUGAUCGAGUUCACAUCCGACGACAAGGUGAAGAUCCCCAAGAAUAGCCCGCUGCCCAACUGCACAUACGCCACGCGGCAGGCCAUCUCGCUGAGCCUGGUGCAGACCGACGACGAGGCUGAUGGCGGCUGGCGCUCCGGGGCCUCAUCUUCCUCUGGUGGCCACCCGCGCCGACAGGCCGGACCCGACACGCCGGAUGCUCUGUCAGGCCGCUCCAGCCCACUGGGCAGCCCCACUCCAGUCCCCGGUGCCUUCGGCAGCUCCGCCAGCUCUGAAGAGGAUCUCCUAGCCAACUGGCAGCGCAUGUUUGUGGAGAAGAUGGCUCCAUCCUCAGAGGGCAGCCUGGUGAACCGUACCUCAUUCAGCAGCGAGACCGCCAUGGAGCUCCAGAGGAGCCGCGACGGAAGGACGGACAGGACCGAGGCGGCCCGGCAGGGUACCUACUCGGACAGUGAGGAGUCAGCAGUGCGCAGCUGGACGGCCAGCCGAGAGUCGAGUGUGGAGGCAGACAGUGGGGCAGAGCCGCGUGUCAGGAGGGGCCACUAUGGAGUGGAGUUCUCCAAGGAGGAGAGUCAGAGGCUGUUGAUGAGCUUGGAGCCCGUCGAGGAUGGAGACAGUGCCGACGUGCCCGAUGAAGCAGCGUGUUCCGGGGUGGGGGGCAGUCCUGACACCCGCAGGAUGGAGUAUGCAGAAUGCGGCUCGGGGGGCAGCUCGGCAGAGGAGCGCGACAUCCUGCCCCAGGACCUGCCUGUCAUCUCGCCCCGGGGCCUGGCCACGCUGGAAGACCAUAUGGAGAAUGCACCAGCCCACCCAAGCAGGCCUGGCAAGAGCCCCAAGAGGAUGGGCGUCCACCACCUGCAUCGCAAGGACAGCCUGACACGUGCCCAGGAGCAUGGCACCCUGCUGGACUGAGGGGGGAGGAGGGGAUCUAUCUUACAGAUAUGGCACCAGUUUCCUCCAGAAGGGGAGUUUCUGUACCCAGCACCAUCCUCCUUAAAAGCCCCCCUCCCCGGCAGAGAUACAUAUCUGUGUUGGUAAAUAGGAAACUCAAAUGAUUUACUGUCCGGAAUCUGAAUACCCUCCCCAGCCAGCGUGACCCAAAAGGAGAGACAUGCCCUACCUCACAGGGGAGCUUUUCUCUGAACUCACAUCUCUGGUACUGUGGCAACCAGCCGCCCACUAUUAUCUGGAAUGGUCUGAGGUCCCACUGUCCCACUCACUCACAGUGCCUAACCGCGAACCCCCCCCCCUCCCCCCAGCAUCGAGUCAUCCCUCCGGCCAAUUCUCUACUGCAGCACCUUGGCUCCUCCUGGUCCUGCUCCCAUUCCUGGGUCCUGGUGCAGUGGCCUCAGCACUCCCUGUGGGCUUUAGGACACCGCUUCCUGUCUGCUGGCUAGAGGAGGAGGGACUCAUGACAAAUCAGUGUUAUCAGGAGGCUUAAAGCGGCUAGACUGCUAGCAGUGUUAGCAGCAUUAGCUUGAUCUGUGUUGUUUUGGCCAACUCAGUCCAUGGAGGAACAGGGCUGUGGAGUUAGCCAUUAGUGGUGAAUCAGUAUGAUCUUUUCCCCAAGGUGGGUCACAGCUCUGUUCUGUCAUUGUCCAUGAAACAUGGCCACCUGUGUCUUGAGGAGUCUUGUAUCCUUCGCUGAGAGCAAAGGUCACACCCCCCGUAUCAGCUGCCUUCACUUCAGAAAUGCGCCACUAACACCAGCUGCACCGAGUCCACCAACAUGCAGACCAUUUUGCCGCUCAGUCCAGAUUGGUAUAAUAGUGUAAACCAAAGCUUCAGGCUGCUGGCUUGGCUCGCUGGCGGUUCUCAGACUCUCCCGAAAGGCACCGCCGGUCUGUAGUGCCCUGUUGUGUGUUGAUGACCAGACAAGACUAACUGUCCCUCCCACGGGUGACCAGUGUGCGGUUGGCUUACCCAGCAUCCUUUACCACUGCCCCCCCCCGUCUGUCUCAGCACAUGGAGGGAGGCGGCCUUCCCUGGCGGGCUCCUGUCUGCCCCCAGCUGCUCAGGGCCUCCCCGCCUGCGUGUUCUGUCCGCCAUUAAGGCAAGCUCCGUCUGUUAGGCCGCACGAACACAGCACGGACACCAUGCAAAUCCGAUCAUUUCAGACGAAUGCGCCUAGGAAUGUAAACGCAGCUGUAGCGUCCGCCCGUCUCCAUCUCCUACACCAGGCUCACUUUUAUUUUUGUUUGUGUUUGAGUUUGAUGUCUUGCUGUAGUGAAAAAGGAAGUGUGUUAGUGCUUUUUGAAGUUUAUGUUUUGAGGUUUGUUUGCCAUGUUUGCCAUCUCCCACUCUGCUGACUAUCUUGGUGCUGUUGUCACCUCUAGCGCUGACGCUCGUUGGGGUGGCCGGAGAUGUAGGAUGAUUUCUGUUUCACCAGUGUUGUUUUUUUUUUCCCCCCGAGGGGAAGAGUUUUUCAAUCAUGAUGCCUUUAAUUGAAGUAGACACACUCCAGCUGUGUGCUUGAUGCUCACUGGCUCAGUAUCCUUCUGAAUGGAUGUGUGAUAUCACUAUGUAUGUCUGCUGCAUGUGCUGGGACACAGGACCCAGAUUCCCCUGUGGCUUCUCACAGAAACACACACAUAAGGCUGCUACCCUCAAAAAGCACCAUGGCCCACAAAUUCCCCCCAGAGGCUCUCUCCAUUAGCCCCCCGGAUUCAAUAAUUUACCGGCUUCUGCAGCCUGAGGGGCCAGAUCACUCCCGCCCCCCCCCCAUUCUUUUUUUAGCUUGUAGUGUAUUGAUUUUUUUCACCACUUCAAAUAAAAAGCUACUAAUAUAAGCUCAUAAUUAAUAGUUCUAACAGACCUUUCUAAUAAAUAAUGUAGACUUUUUAUUUGACUCUAAAUUAGGCUCCUGAUGGCAGGAAGAAGGAAUCAUUCAUCACCGUCCCACACGUGGAAUUGGCGCUUUUAAAUACUUAAUGCCGUAAGAUGUUCUGGAAAUAGCGCUCGCUUUGUUCCAUGUAGAUCCCGGCUGCCAUUUCCUCUCGUCCACCUGCAAGAGCCACGUGUUCUGCGGUGAGGCCCUGUCACAGUGUGGUCUGCCUGUUCCAAACCAAGGUCACCUUCUCCAUCCUUCCCCUGAGAUGAGGGGCCGCUUUGGCCCUGGAGGUGCCAUUGCACGCCGCACUUGAUUCACAGUGAGGCUCUGAGACACCGUCAGAAAUCAUCCGCAGUGAUACUGGGCUGUAUGUGCACCCAUAGCAUGGGGGGCAGUGAGAGGCUGACCUCAUCCCUCGUUCCGAAAACAGCCCCCUUUCACAUUGAGCUCACCUUGCAAUCCAAACCCCUGUGUCCCAGUGUGUGUGCAGACCGAGAAGCUUAUAGUCAGGAACGACUGGCGAUGUGCAGUCUCCAUACUCUGAAUGUGUUUGCAGCUCCAUGACAUUUCUUUCAUUUACUGGGUAAACUUAGCGUGAUGUCAUUUCAAUCAUUUUUCUUUUUUCCUCUUCUUUAUAAGAUUUUCCUUGAUGUGAAAAUAUCCAUUAGUGUUUUUUGGAGCACAUUUUUCAAAGCUGACUACAGCUUCAGGUGAGCUCCUCAUGAGGUGUGUGUGCGUGUGUGUGCGUGCGUGUGUGUGUGUGUGCGUGCGUGCAUAUGCGCGUGCCGCCAAUGGUGUCUCCACAGUACUCAUCGCUGGCCUUUGUAAGUAAGGGGUGGAGUAUUUCUAUGCUAUGUCCUCCUUCCUGUGGGCCCGGGCACACGCACGCUACAUGCCCACUGGUGUGCUGUGACUGUUACCAUGGAGACAUGGUUCUGUCAUGUACUGGGGGGGUGAGGUGGUCAAUGUCUGUCUCCUUCCGUCCAUGAAUGCUGUCCUGUUUCCAUGGCAGUCAUGCCGUCCUUAGAUUCUCUCCCAGUCUCCAUGAUUUUGUAGCUGCACCAUGUGAUUUUUAUUUCUUCCCUGUACAAACUGAUUACUAAAAAAAUACAAAAAAAGACUGUUAAACCUGUACUAAUUUUAUUUUCUGAAUUUGUAAACCAAGGAUGUAUAUUUUAAAACAAAUAAAACUAUU